UCUAUCCUCAAAAUUCAUGUUUUGGCAUUCGUGAUCCAUGCCAGUCUUGCAUCUGUUCUUGCUCGGAACAUGAACCCUCAGAAGAAUGUACUCCUACCAACCGCUGUUCAUUUGCAUGUAAAG